AUGCGUGAUAUCUCCAAUCUGACUUCGGAUCAUUUGCGUUGGCUGGCGGAAUCCAAUCACAAGACACUUCAACACAUUGAUUUGUCGGAGUGCGUUCGCAUUUCAAGCCAAGGGUUUUGUCAAAUGGCCGUUCGCUGCGUCAACCUCCAACAGUUAUUUUUGGCGUAUCAGUCUGGUGUGACCAAUGAAGCAAUGAAGUUUAUCAUCCAAAACUGUCAUCGCUUAAAGGAAUUGGACUUGUCGGGGUGUCGAUUAUUAACGGACGAUGCAUUUGAAAUGCUUCUGGAAGAAUCCGAUCUUUACGUGACGCAUCUCGAAUCCGUCAAUCUGAGCGGGUUGGAAUCCGAAAUAUCAUCGACCAUGAUCCAAGAACUUUUGCUGCGUAUACCUACACUGCAAGAAAUAUGUCUUGGGGUGGCUUAUGAUUACAAUGAUGCCACCGCUAUUUUGGAUCGCGUCAAUGGUCACCGCCCCUCAUUUUAUCUUGAUGUGGAAAAAUGCCACACAAUUUGCCGAAUGCAUUAUGCCCCGCUUGGCUUAUAG